GUGUGUAAGCGGGUGCUCCCAUUACACCAGUGGUCAAGAUGGUGGCCCUAUCGCUGAAGAUAUGCGUCCGGCAGUGCAAUGUAGUCAAGACUAUGCAGUUUGAGCCCUCCACGCCUGUUUAUGACGCCUGCCGAAUAAUCCGAGAAAGGGUCCCAGAGGCUCAGACUGGACAAGCCUCCGACUACGGCCUGUUCCUCUCAGACGAUGACCCGAGGAAAGGAAUCUGGUUGGAAUCGGGCCGAACACUGGAUUACUACAUGCUGCGGAAUGGGGAUGUGCUGGAGUACAAGAAGAAACAGAGGCCGCAGAAGAUCAAAAUGCUGGACGGUGCGGUGAAAACCAUCAUGGUGGACGACUCCAAGACUGUGGGAGAGCUGCUGGUCACUAUAUGCAGUAGAAUAGGAAUAACCAACUAUGAGGAGUACUCCCUGAUCCAGGAGCAGGUGGAGGAGAAGAAGGAGGAUGGCAUGGGCACGCUGAAGAAGGACCGCACGCUGCUGCGCGACGAGAGGAAGAUGGAGAAGCUCAAAGCCAAGCUGCACACAGACGACGACCUGAACUGGCUGGACCACAGCCGAACGUUCCGUGAGCAGGGCGUAGAGGAGAGCGAGACCCUGCUGCUGCGCAGGAAGUUCUUCUACUCGGACCAGAACGUGGACUCCAGAGACCCGGUCCAGCUCAAUCUGCUCUACGUCCAGGCCCGCGACGACAUCCUGAACGGCUCCCACCCCGUGUCCUUCGACAAGGCCUGCGAGUUCGCUGGGAUCCAGGCGCAGAUCCAGUUUGGGCCACACGUGGAGCACAAACACAAGCCUGGAUUCCUCGACCUGAAGGAGUUUCUGCCCAAGGAGUACAUCAAGCAGAGGGGCUCAGAGAAGAGGAUCUUUCAGGACCACAAGAGCUGUGGCGAGAUGACCGAGAUCGAGGCCAAAGUGAAGUACGUGAAACUGGCCCGAUCUCUACGGACGUAUGGAGUCUCGUUCUUUCUGGUGAAGGAAAAAAUGAAGAGCAAGAAUAAGCUGGUCCCGCGCUUGCUGGGUAUUACCAAAGAGUCAGUCAUGCGGGUGGACGAGAAGACCAAAGACGUGGUCCAGGAGUGGCCCCUCACCACUGUAAAGAGAUGGGCGGCCUCCCCCAAGAGCUUCACCUUGGACUUCGGGGGAGUAUCAGGAGAGUUAUUACUCGGUCCAGACUACAGAAGGCGAGCAGAUCUCCCAGCUGAUUGCCGGAUACAUCGACAUCAUCCUCAAAAAAGCAAAAGCAGAGUAAGGAUCGCUUCGGCUUGGACGGCGAUGAGGAGUCCACCAUGUUGGAAGAAUCGGUCUCCCCCAAAGAAGUCCACCAUCCUGCAGCAGCAGUUUAACCGGGUGGGGCGGGUGGAGCACGGCUCAGUGGCCCUGCCCGGCAUCAUGCGCUCGGGAUCCGUUGGAGGGCCCGACACCUUCAACAUGGGCACCAUGCCCUCUGCCCAGCAGCAGAUCACCACGGGCCAGAUGCACCGUGGGCACAUGCCCCCGCUGAGCCUGGCCCAGCAGGCCCUCAUGGGCACCAUCAACAGCAGCAUGCAGGCGGUGCAGCAGGCCCAGGCAGAUCUGGGGGAGGUGGACGACCUCCCACCUCUGGGGCAGGACAUGGCAUCCCGCGUUUGGGUCCAGAACAAAGUAGACGAGUCCAAGCAUGAGAUCCACUCUCAAGUCGACGCCAUCACCGCUGGAACCGCAUCUGUUGUCAAUCUCACGGCAGGUGACCCCACGGACACAGACUACACAGCCGUGGGCUGCGCAAUCACCACCAUAUCCUCCAACCUGACAGAGAUGUCCAAGGGGGUCAAGCUCCUGGCCGCCCUGAUGGACGACGAGGUGGGCAGCGGGCAGAACCUGAUGGGUGCUGCCAGGACUCUUGCCGGGGCCGUGUCGGACCUGCUCAAGGCCGUGGAGCCGGCCUCCGGAGAGCCCAGGCAGACCGUGUUGACGGCCGCAGGAAGCAUUGGCCAGGCCAGCGGAGACCUGCUGCGGCAGAUGGGAGAAGGGGAGACCGACGACCGAUUCCAGGAAGUGCUGAUGAACCUGGCCAAAGCGGUGGCCAACGCAGCUGCCAUGCUCGUGCUCAAGGCCAAGAAUGUGGCGCAGGUGGCCGAGGACCCCGUCCUGCAGAACCGUGUGAUUGCUGCGGCAACGCAGUGUGCCCUGUCCACUUCUCAACUGGUCGCCUGCACCAAGGUGGUCAGUCCCACCAUCAGCUCUCCGGUGUGCCAGGAGCAGCUGGUGGAGGCGGGCCGGCUGGUGGAGCGCUCGGUGGAGGGCUGUGUCAAGGCCUGCCACUCCGCCACAGACGAGGGUGACCUCCUCAAACAGGUGAGUGCGGCAGCGGGCACGGUGAGCCAGGCCCUCAGCGACCUCCUGCAGCAUGUGCGCCACUAUGCCAGCUGUGGCGAGCCCAUCGGACGCUACGACCAGGCCACAGACACCAUCAUGACGGUCACUGAGAGUAUCUUCACCUCCAUGGGCGACGCAGGUGAAAUGGUGCGUCAGGCUCGCGUCCUGGCCCAAGCCACCUCGGAUCUGGUGAACGCCAUGCGCUCAGACGCGGAGGCCGAGAUCGACGUGGACAAUUCAAAGAAGCUGCUGGCAGCCGCCAAGCUGCUAGCCGACGCCACGGCCAGGAUGGUGGAGGCAGCCAAGGGUGCUGCAGCAAACCCGGAGAAUGAGGACCAACAGCAGAGGUUGCGAGAGGCGGCUGAGGGCCUGAGAGUGGCCACCAACGCCGCUGCCCAGAACGCCAUCAAGAAGAAACUCGUCAACCGACUAGAAAACGCGGCUAAGCAGGCUGCAGCUGCGGCCACUCAGACCAUCGCAGCCUCCCAGAAUGCUGCAGCCUCCAACAAAAACACUGUCUCCCAUCAGCAGCUGGUGCUCAGCUGCAAGGCAGUAGCAGACCACAUCCCCCAGCUGGUUCAGGGCAUGAGGAGUAGCCAAGCUCAGCCAGAGGACUUGGGUGCCCAGCUCAGCCUCAUUAUCGCCAGCCAAAACUUCCUGCAGCCUGGCAGUAAAAUGGUGGCAUCGGCUAAGUCGGCGGUGCCCACAGUGACUGACCAGGCGGCCGCCAUGCAACUGGGCCAGUGUGCCAAGAACCUGGCCACCUGCUUGGCUGAGCUCCGCACCGCGGCACAGAAGGCGCAUGAAGCCUGCGGACCACUGGAGAUCGACUCGGCUCUCAACACCGUUCAGACGCUGAAGAACGAGCUGCAGGAUGCCAAGAAGUCCGCGAUGGAGGGACAGCUCAAGCCACUGCCUGGAGAAUCGCUGGAGAAGUGUGCCCAGGACCUCGGCAGCACGUCCAAAGCAGUCGGGUCCUCCAUGGCGCAGCUCCUGACCUGUGCUGCCCAGGGCAAUGAACACUACACAGGUGUGGCAGCCAGGGAGACGGCCCAGGCACUGAAGACUCUGGCCCAGGCAGCACGAGGGGUGGCGGCCUGCUCUGUGGAGCCCCAGUCCGCUGCUGCCAUGUUGGAUUCGGCCGGCCACGUCAUGGAGGGGUCGGCCAUGCUGAUCAACGAGGCCCAUGAGGCCCUGAUCUCCCCGGGAGACGCGGAGUCUCAGCAGAGACUGGCACAGGUUGCAAAGGCGGUUUCCCAUUCUCUUAAUAACUGUGUAAACUGCCUCCCUGGUCAGAAGGAUGUUGACAUGGCCCUCAGGAGUAUUGGAGAGGCCAGCAAGAAGCUGCAAGUAGACAAUCUCCCUCCAUGCUCCAAGUCCUUCCAGGAGGCACAGAGUGACCUGAACCACACGGCCGCCGAGCUCAACCACUCGGCUGGAGAGGUGGUCCACUCCUCCCGCGGCACCAGCAGACAGCUGUCGGAGGCUUCCGGAAAGUUCAGUGAGGACUUUGAUGAGUUCCUGGAUGCCGGCAUAGAGAUGGCCGGACAUACGCAGAGGAAAGACGACCAGAUCCAAGUCAUUAGCAAUCUGAAGAACAUCUCCAUGGCCUCCAGCAAGCUGCUGCUAGCUGCCAAGUCCCUCUCUGUGGACCCGGGAGCUGCCAACGCCAAGAACCUUCUCGCAGCUGCAGCCAGAGCGGUGACAGAGAGCAUCAACCAGCUCAUCACCUUGUGCACGCAGCAGGCGCCGGGCCAGAAGGAGUGUGACAACGCCCUGCGGGAGCUGGAGGCGGUGAGAGGCCUGCUAGACACUCCCAACGAACCGGUCAGCGAUCUCUCAUACUUCGACUGCAUCGAGAGCGUCAUGGAAAACUCCAAGGUCCUUGGGGAGUCCAUGGCGGGCAUCUCACAGAACUGCAAGACGGGAGACGUGCCGGCAUUUGGCGAGAGCGUUGGGGUGGCGUCCAAAGCCCUGUGUGGGCUGACUGAGGCAGCAGGACAGGCCUCCUAUCUGGUUGGAGUGUCCGACCCCAACAGCCACUCAGGCCACCAAGGGCUAGUGGACCCCAUCCAGUUUGCCAGAGCCAACCAGGCCAUUCAGAUGGCCUGUCAGAACCUGGUUGAUCCAGCCAGUAGCCCCUCUCAGGUCCUGUCUGCGGCCACAAUCGUAGCCAAGCACACAUCAGCCCUGUGCAACGCGUGUCGCCUGGCUUCCUCGAAGACAGCCAACCCUGUGGCCCGCAGGCAGUUCGUCCAGUCGGCCAAAGAGGUGGCCAACACCACCGCUAACCUGGUCAAAACCAUUAAGGCCUUGGACGGGGAUUUCUCCAACGAGAACCGUGAGCGGUGCCGCGUGGCUACUACCCCGCUCAUCGAGGCUGUGGAGAAUCUGUCCACGUUUGCGUCCAACCCCGAGUUCGCCAGCAUUCCUGCCCAGAUAAGCAAUGAGGGCUCAGCAGCUCAGGAGCCAAUCCUGCGCUCAGCUCGCUCCAUGCUGGACAGCUCCACGUGGCUGCUGGAGACGGCCCGCUCGCUCAUCCUCAACCCCAAGGACCCGCCCACCUGGUCGGUGCUGGCCGGACACUCCCGCACUGUGUCCGACUCCAUCAAAGGCCUCAUCACCGCCAUCAGGGACAAGGCUCCAGGGCAGAGGGAGUGUGACCACUCCAUUGACGGCAUCAACAAGUGCAUCAGGGACAUCGAGCAGGCGUCUCUGGCCGCUGUUGGCCAGAGCUUACCCAGCAGGGAUGACAUCUCUCUGGAGGCCCUGCAGGAGCAGCUGACGUCUGCCGUGCAGGAGAUUGGCCACCUCAUCGACCCCGUCUCUACGGCAGCCAGAGGAGAAGCCGCCCAGCUGGGCCACAAGGUGACCCAGCUGGCCAGCUAUUUUGAGCCCCUCAUCAUGGCAUCUGUCGGGCUGGCGUCGAAGCUGAUGGACCACCAGCAGCAGAUGAACAUCCUGGACCAGACCAAGACCCUGUCGGAGUCCGCCCUGCAGAUGCUCUACGCUGCCAAGGAGGGAGGGGGCAACCCCAAGGCGGCCCACACUCAUGACGCCAUUGCCGAGGCGGCCCAGCUGAUGAAGGAGGCGGUGGAUGACAUCAUGGUGACCCUGAACGACGCAGCCAGUGAAGGGGGCAUGGUGGGAGGGAUGGUGGAGUCCAUCGCCGAGGCCAUGGGCCGGUUGGAUGAAGGAACUCCCCCUGAGCCCGACGGCACGUUUGUGGACUACCAGACGACCAUGGUGAAAUACUCUAAAGGCAUCGCCAUCACCGCACAAGAGAUGAUGACCAAGUCGGUGACCUGUCCAGACGAGCUGGGUGGCCUGGCGUCUCAGGUGACGGUGGACUACAGCCAGCUCGCCCACCAGGGCCGCCUCGCUGCCGCCACUGCUGAGCCCGAGGAGGUGGGUGGUCAGAUUAAGUCGCGUGUCCAGGAGCUGGGUCACGGCUGUAUCUUCCUGGUCCAGAAGGCCGGGGCGCUGCAGAUCAGCCCCACGGACAGCUUCACCAAGAGGGAGCUGAUCGAGUGUGCCCGCACAGUCACCGAGAAGGUGUCUAUGGUCCUCUCUGCCCUUCAGGCUGGUAAUAAGGGUACGCAGGCCUGCAUCACAGCCGCCAGCUCUGUGUCUGGCAUCAUCGCAGACCUCGACACUACCAUCAUGUUCGCCUCAGCCGGAACGCUCAACUCUGAAAACGAGGAAUCCUUCGCUGACCAUAGGGAGAGCAUCCUGAAGACGGCCAAGGCCCUGGUGGAGGACACUAAGAUGCUGGUGGCAGGAGCGGCCUCCAGCCAAGAGAAGCUGGCCCAGGCCGCACAGUCGUCGGCCAAGACGAUCACCCAGCUCACCGAGGUGGUCAAGCUCGGGGCAACCAGCAUGGGCUCCGACGACCCAGAGACACAGGUCGUGCUCAUAAAUGCAGUGAGGGAUGUGGCCAAGGCACUGGCCGAGCUCAUCGGUGCCACCAAGUGUGCCGCAGGCAAGCCAGCUGAUGACCCCUCCAUGUACCAGUUGAAGAGCGCUGCCAAAGUGAUGGUGACAAAUGUGACGUCUCUGCUGAAGACGGUGAAGGCUGUCGAGGACGAAGCCACACGAGGGACCAGAGCCCUGGAGGCCACCAUCGAGUGCAUCAAACAAGAACUGACUGUCUUCCAGUCCAAGGACGUUCCGGAGAAGUCCACCACCCCCGAGGAGUUCAUCCGCAUGACCAAGGGCAUCACCACGGCGACGGCCAAGGCCGUUGCUGCGGGCAACUCGGCCCAGCAGGAGGAUGUGAUUGCCACUGCCAACCUGAGCCGUAAAGCCAUCGCCGACAUGCUGACCACCUGCAAGCAAGCUGCAUAUCACCCAGAGGUGAGCGAGGAUGUAAGGAACAAGGCUCUGCUCUAUGGUAUUGAGUGCACUACAGGAUACGUGGACCUGCUGGAGCAUGUCCUCCUGGUCCUGCAGAAGCCCACGGCCGAGCAGAAGCAGCAGUUGGCUGUGUUCUCUAAGCGAGUGGCCGGCUCUGUCACAGAACUCAUUCAGACCGCAGAAGCCAUGAAAGACGGGGCCCCGUCCUAUAGGAGUUCAUGGUGGAGGAGUAUGCAAGGAACCGAGUGGGUGGACCCCGAAGACCCCACCGUCAUCGCCGAGACCGAGCUGUUGGGCGCAGCGGCAUCCAUCGAAGCUGCCGCCAAGAAGCUGGAGCAGCUGAAGCCGAGAGCCAAACCGAAGCAAGCAGAUGAGUCUCUGGAUUUUGAGGAGCAGAUAUUGGAGGCAGCUAAAUCCAUUGCCGCGGCAACAAGCGCCCUGGUGAAAUCUGCCUCUGCUGCUCAGAGGGAGCUGGUGGCACAGGGCAAGGUGGGCUCCAUCCUUGGCAAUGCUGUUGAUGAUGGCCAGUGGUCCCAGGGUCUCAUAUCAGCCGCUCGAAUGGUAGCGGCGGCCACCAGUAACCUGUGCGAGGCAGCGAACGCGUCGGUGCAGGGCCAUGCCAGCGAGGAGAAGCUCAUCUCCUCCGCCAAGCAGGUGGCCGCCUCCACCGCCCAGCUCCUGGUGGCUUGCAAGGUCAAGGCUGACCAGGACUCAGAGGCCAUGAGGAGAUUACAGGCUGCUGGGAAUGCAGUGAAGCGAGCGUCUGACAACCUGGUGAAGGCAGCCCAGAAGGCAGCCUUCGACAAACCCGAUGACGACAACGUGGUGGUCAAGACCAAAUUCGUGGGUGGCAUAGCCCAGAUCAUCGCGGCGCAGGAGGAGAUGCUGCGUAAGGAGCGUGAGCUGGAGGAGGCCCGUAAAAAGCUGGCCCAGAUCCGCCAGCAGCAGUACAAGUUCCUGCCCAGCGAGCUGCGCGAGGACGAGAGCUGAGCGCCGUCUGCCCACGCGCACCCACUCCCACGCGCCAGGACUAGGCCAUCAGUCUGUCCAGUCAGGAGGAGCCCACUGUAAUCAUCAACCAUCAGCUGAAAGAGGGGGGAGGGAGGGGGAGGCUGUCACUGGUUGGUUGGCUGGCUGCUUGCUCGUUUUUUUUGGCCAGGGGCAGAGUUUAUGACUCGUUGGUUUCUUCUCUCAACGAAGGGGGUGGGGCUACUACCUAUAACUACUUGUGGGGAGGGAGUAAUCGGUGAUUGAGGUCGGGGUUUGAUGCAAACUAGUCCACAUUUCUCUAGCGUACUUGCUGGAAGCCUUGAUGAGUGGCUGUGUGCUCGGUUAAGUGUGUGUGUGUGUGUGUGUGUGAGGGUGUUUGAGUCUUGGUCACCUGUGUGUGUGUGUGUGUGUGUCGGUUACGUGUGCCUGAGUAAGAGUCUUUCAGUGAAAAUAGAAUCAAGGACCAUCUGAAUAUAGGUAUAUACAGUGUUUGGUCUAAUGUUACGACAUCAUGCCGUUUAGGCCUCAGUUGACGUCUAUUGAUUUUAAAAAUGUAAAGGCCUCGUAUUUUAUAAGUAUACACUUACGCAAUAAAUGCUAUAAUGUAUCCUUGUGUUUUAUGAUACAACAUAUUAAUGGUCAGAGUAAACCCUGUGGAUGAAGUGAGUUUUAGUCUUGUGUGAGCCAUUGCAAUAGGAUGUCUUUCUUACUUCAAAACUGGCUUAAAGCACUAAUAUAUUACCAUAGGAAUGCCACACAGAAGUUCUCUCAGAACAUUCCCCCUGUUUACAGUGCAUGGUUGUAGCGCUCUCUCUCUGCCGCGUCCUCACUGGGUUAGCAAGCAGUAUUAAAACCACACAUAUCAUUAUGGUUUAAUACCCAAUCAGAAGGCUGCUUGUAAAGCCAUAGGCUAGUAUGUCAUAGGAUGUACACUAUCAUGUUUUAGUAUAAAGAGAGGAAGUCGCUACCGACUUUUUUUGUUGUUGUUGUUGUUUGUUUCUGUGCAGCGAAACAUUUGGGGUCAGUUAGUUUCAGAGCAGCCACAGCAGACAGAAUGAAUAGCAGACUAUUUACAGUGUUGUCGGUUCUGUGGAGUCGAGGUGUCAGUCGGAGUGUCUCUGCUAAGUUUCCGAGCAGGCCUUUUCCUCUGGAGCCGCCCGCACACGGCUCGGGUCUCUGUAACAGCAGUCAGGUGUGCUACAAACUUGGGUCGGAUCUUCUGCUCAAACUGUCCGAGCUGUCAGGCCAAUAUUCACCCUGUCUUCCUUUUCUCCCCCCCCCCCCCCCCCCCCCCCCACACACACAGACAGACAGACAGACAGACAGACAGACACACACACACACACACACAGUAGUGCACACAUCCAUGUACUCUCAUUGCCCCACACAUGGCCGUAAAUCCUCACAGCACAGUGGUGCAGUAGUCUGUAUAAGGGGGCCCUGUGUUUACAUUCCCUUUUGAUGUUUGUUCUCUCCCAACUCUCUGUUUUAAUUGUGCUCUCAUUGACAGUAACCAGAUGCUGGUCAGGAACUCAGCCCCCACGAGUCAAAUGUCUUUGUCUACACACAGGCUUGCGCACACACACACACACGCACACACAUCUAUAGUGUAGCGGGGUCAAUACAAUACAAUACACAAUGCGGUAGACAGGUUGGGUCUGAUUACGACAAAACAGUCACGUGUUGUGCUAUUAAAGAGACUGAUUGUGUAGCUUUUUAAGAAGACAAAGCAUUGCAUAUCCUCUCGUCAAAGACCCUUAUUUUAUGACAAAAAGAACAUUUAUGAUUGUACAUUGCAUGGCAUUUAGGAGAAACUUAAGUCGUGAGACAAAAAAAGCACUUGUAGCUCUUCAGCAUGCAUUAAUCCAGAUGGCUUGGGAGCCUGGAGCGUUAUUAGCAGGAUCCGUGCCAGAUGUGAGCCUGAACGGCCCCGGACUCGCCGGCUGGUAUCUGGCAGGAGUAGCUGUUAAUUGGCUGCAUUGUGAGCAGCUGGUGAUGCGCUCCGUGUCUGCGCCCGCUUAUCUCCCUCCUGCUGUCUCUGUUCUGCAUCCUCAACAAUCCCACAUAGGAAUGCUCGCUUUUGAGUUUGUUAGCGUUAGUCUUUUGUUCUCCACGUACUCUUUUCACACUCAGAUCUACACACACACACACACACACACACACAGAAAUAGAGGCGCACACACAUAUACACACAAAACAAUUUCUCCCUCAGAAUCUGGACUGCCUAGUCUAAUAGUGCCUUAUUCUGUCUGUCUGGUAAUAGGAAAUACAGCGGAUCUAGUACUGACCUGAUAAUGGCAGUUGGGCCCAGCCAGGUCCCUGUUCUAAACCCCGGGGUCUACGCCAAUGUCUCUCUCUCAGCUUUCAGCAUUGUCGGCCCCUUGUCAAGUCGUUUUGGGCCUUGUCAGCCAUUAUGAAUCCGUAUGGCCCAAUACAAAGCCGUGGCAGUCUUUCUGACUGUCUGUAGUCACUGAAAGACAUGCUGUCGAGUUACAAAUAAAAAGUAAUAAGAUGCUAUCAAGUAUGUAUACUAAUAUGAUCAGUAAUAAGGAGUCAUAAGUACUGUGCAUUCCAUAAGCAUGUACCAUGAUGCUUCUGAAGUCAUGACGCAAAAUCUUCUACCUUCGGAGUACAUCUUCUACCUUCUUUUUAUUCAGAGUUCAUGUAGCAGUGUCACAGUCGUCACACUACUCACAAGACUCUGUAAUAACUCCUGUUCUUCUGAUGUCUGUCGUGGGAAAACCACUACUAAUGAAGUUUUUUUUCUUUGAUUGUUUUUAUUUUAUUUGAAACAAUAAAUGUAAUGAAGAUAUUGAAACGUGUGGUUACAAAUGUGGUGUGUCUUACCGCAGCAGAAAAUAAAAAAAAGGAAAAACUAGCGCCUUCAUUUCAAUAGAGUUUAGGGCUUUCUUAACCCACUGAGAUAGUGACAAUGAUGACAUUAUGAACAUGAAAAAUGAUGCUGUAUGUAUAAUAUUUAUCUGGUCACAAAAGUAUUUUUUGUAUUCCCUGAAAAAAAAAAUAAUAAUAAAAAAGAAUUUCAAACUA